GAUAGAUGUUUUUUUGGUUCCUAUGUGUGUUUUGAGUGCUAAUAUGGAUUGUGUUAAUUUUUUGUAUUUAUAUUCCAUCGAUUAAUUAGCCUUCAAUUAAGGGACAUAAAUUUUUUUUUUUUUAAAUUGAUGAUAAACGACAAAUAUGAUGUGAAAUAGCUUUGUCAGUAAAGUAUUCAUGUCAAACACUCUAAUUUCAUUGAAAUUCACGUGAAAUGAAGGAAACUUUGUUUAUAUAUGAGUGAAUUCUCUCAUCCUCUCAUCCGAACACUCAAAGUGAAAAAACACUCAAACUCAUUAGAAAUUCUAAUAUUUUCCAAGUGGUGAAGCUAUUAUUUGUGAAUUCUCUCAUCCGAACGUUUAAAGGUAUGUCAUUUUACGUUUGAAAUGUAAUUUAAGUUGGUUAUUGUUUAUUUUCAAUGUUUUGUUUGAUCCUAUAUGCUUAUGUGAAUUAUUAGCAUAUUAUAGCAUACUAUGAUUUAAAGCCACGUUUGAAGGAAAUACAUGUGAAUUAGAGCAAAUUCUAUCAUGUUUUAAAGUAUUAAUUAGUAAUUAUUAGUUGCAUUUUAGUUCUAUACAUAUAUAUUGCUACAUAACUCAUGUUAAUAUGCUCGAAAAUUAUGUAUCCGCCCGGACAAGUGUCCUUGAAAAUUUGUCCGGCCGUGUGUAAUUAUGUAUCAUGUAAUACACGGCCGGACACAUUUUCUCGGAUACUUCCCCGGGCGGAUAGAUGUUUUUCGAGUGUAUUAACAUGUUAUAUGUUGUAUUUUAACAUUUUAUUCCAUUUACAUCAUAUAUUUAUUUAUUUAUUAUUUUUUCUGUAGAUGAAUGAAUAUGGGAGAUACUUUGUGGUUAAUUAUGGAGGUGCCUUCAAUGGUUAUGAGUACAUCGGCGGCUCUUCUAAGAAUUUGCAUAUUUUCGGAGACACAAUGGCCAGUACGGUGUACAUGAUAAAUUACCUGAUGAUGGAGAAUUCAUUGAGCACUAAUUACAGCUUGUAUUAUUUGACGAAGAGAUUAAAUGGCAGGGUAUACAGUAAAAAUAUUCUUGCCGAUGACAAUGAUUUGCUUCAGUUGCUGGCGUCCCAGCCACAUUUUCCUGAGAUUUAUGUUGUCGAAGACGAUUACAGUGGAGGAGUGUAUGUUCCUUCGUUCGAUCUCCCUCAAUCUUUCGGGUAUGGAGGUGAAUCCAGUGCAACAUUCGAAGGUGGGGACGGAUUGGAAGCAAUCCAAAGAUAUGCUUAUUUAGACCUAUCAGCCGGAGAUUCACCGGCGCAACAAAGUGUUGAACCGUCGGUCACUUGGGGUAAUGAUCAGUCAACGGGUUGGCCUUCAUGGGAUGAGCCAAAUACGUACCAGUACGAUCGCCCAACAACUGAUCGUUGUUGGGGUCCAGCUGAUGAUCAAUAUACGUACGAGCCUCAGUUUGUGGAGGAUGCUGGUAAUGUAGAUGAAGAUUAUGUUCCAUCGUCUGAAGCCGAGACUGAUACAAGCGCCUCUGAAGACUUGUCGGAGCCAGAGAACGUGAGAAGGGCGGGGAUUGAAUAUGCAGGUUGGCAGAAUUUGCAGAUCGACGAGGAUGAUGACGAACAGGUUCCUGGAGCAGAUGAACUAACUAAUUGGUUAGUUCCGGUUAUCCCGUUGGACGCCGCAGCGGCACUUGUGGAUAUUGAAGAUUAUCAGCUACUGCCUCGGGAGUUGUCAAAGAAUAUGUAUUUCAAUAGCAAAGAUGAUCUGAUCGUUGCAAUCGGUCUGUGGAACAUGAAGCAGGGCAAGGAAUUUUCUGUCAGCAAAUCAGACAGCAGACGAGUCUACUUCAAAUGCAAGCAUUCAGAUACGUGCCCCUUCAAGCUCCAUGCAUCGUCACAAGAUGGAGCCAUUUGGGGAGUGUAUAAGUUCACCAAUGAGCACUCAUGCGACGGUGAGCUAGGGCGCGUAGCGCGAAUAAAGGCCCCCGCAAAAGUCGUCGCAGCAUAUUUAGCACAGAAGAUACACGACGAUUGCGAGAUCUUGAAGCCGAAGGCCAUCCAGCUGGAGCUGCGACGUGAGUUUGGCGUACAGAUCAAGUACGAUGUUGCAUUGCGAGCCCGUAAUCGAGCCACUGAGAUGGUUUAUGGUCGACAUGAUCAGUCCUUCGAGAUGCUGCCCAAGUACUUAUACAUGUUGAGACAAUCCAAUCCCGGUUCGAUAGUGGAGUGGGAAGUUGACGAUGAUGGCCGAUUCAAACACUUAUUUGUUGCUCUUGCAGCUUCGGCUACCCCUUUCAUGUUCAGCUUACGGCCAGUGAUUGUCGUCGAUGGCACACACUUGAAGGGCAAGAAUAGGGGUAUUUUGUUUGUUGCAGUGACGAAGGACGGCAACGAGAGUUUGUUCCCACUCGCGUAUGGUGUUGGCCCGAAAGAAAACGAUGAAUCGUGGACUUAUUUCAUGUCACGCAUUCGACGUGUUUAUGGCCAAGCCAAUGAACUUUUGAUUGUCUCUGAUCAGCAUAUCUCCAUUGCCAAUGCUAUCAGGAAUGAGUUACCAAAUGCAACCCACGGCCUAUGCUACUACCAUUUGCAAAAUAACCUGAAGCAUUACGGUAAGGCAGUGGUCGAGGUGUAUCGACAAGCUGCAUUUGCGUACGAGAAGUCCGACUUCAAUAGGGCUAUGAACGCCCUGAAGUUUAUGAAGAGAGCUGCGUACGAUAAACUAAUGGGGAUUGGGCCGGAGAAGUGGGCUCGUUCGAUGUGUCCUAUGCCUGUGCGACGCUACAGUUUUAUGACAUCAAAUGCUGCUGAAGCUUUUAAUUCCAGAUUAUUGUGGGCAAGAAGACUUCCUAUAUGCUCGAUGUUAGAGGCAAUCAGAAUUGUUAUUGAGAAAUGGUUCAGCGAGCGACUAAGGGCUGCACAACAAAUCGAGCAAGGCUUGACUGCUGAGGCUGGUAAAAGGGUAGCUAUUGAAGUCCAAAAAAGUCGUCGAUACACUGCACAAAGGUUGAGUGGCAUGAAGUAUAAGGUGCAAACUGUUGACACAAGCUUCAAGGUGGAUCUGGAGAAGAAAAAAUGCGAAUGUCGAGUAUUUCAGCUAGACCAACUGCCCUGUUCUCAUUCAAUCGCUGCAAUAAGUGAAGCCGGUGAUACGAUCGCGGAGUAUGUAGACUCGUACUACACGAAUGACUUUCUUAUCGAUACUUACUCUCGCGAAGUUAAUAAUCUCCCGCCGAGACGCCAGUGGUUGGUUCCCGAGCACAUCGCUGAGCAGGUUGUAUUACCUCUGAUUGUAAAAGGUCAAGCGGGGCGCCCAAAAGAAGGUAGACAUCGAGGUGGUGGUGAAGGCAGCAGCACACAAGCAGAUGAGUCUUCUAGUAUCAGGCGUCGUAAACCAAAGAAUUGCAGCAUCUGCCAUGAAGAAGGACACAGCAAGAGAACGUGCGCUGGCAGGGCGACUGAGCCCAGGGAGUAGUGGGAUGUAUUUGUGUGCUGUAACAGUUAAUGAUAUUGUUUGAAUUAUCUUAUUAUUCGCUAAGCUGGAAUGAUUUACUGGAAAUAAUGCUACACGAAUAACCAAAUAGAAGCACACAUUAAUGUAACAAUAUACAAAACUAUGCAAAACCAAGUCGUCUGGUACGGGCAUUCCAAGUUUCACACAACGAAAAUAUAGAUCUAGCAAUCUUGGCCCUAUAUGCCGCCACGUUGCUAUUACCCCACUCAAUGGAUGGAGAGCCAGAUAUCAGUCGUUCAGCAUACAUGCAGACGAAAGGCCCGCAGCUGACAGAGUCCUGCUGGUGAAACUGAACCUCCGCUGGAGCAAACACUGCCGUCAUAAGUGGCCACUUGCUCUUUGCCACUGUCGAAUCAAUGGAUGUGUCGUCUAGCCACCUCGACACCUGAAGGACAACUG